CACAUGGCUCUCACCAUCGGAAAAAUCCGUUAUGAUGGUCUCGUCAUCGUCAUCAUCUUCAUCUGGAAACACAGCCCGUCUGGAACUUCUGAGAGAUCCGGUCUGCUCAGUUGAAGAAGAAGCGGCGGCACCGGCACUAGAUCGCGGUCGUUUCUUUUGGGGCACGGGGAGGAGUCCCGGGGGUGAAAAUCGAUAUAUGAGAUAAGCUGACAAUAGGACAGGCGCAAUUGACAGGACUAGCGUCUUCGUCGAUGGAACAGAACCUAGUUGCAUGGCGUGCUGCAAGCUUCUCUUUUUGUUCUGAGAUAUCGGCUACUUUUUCUGUACUGGUAAUUUGUCUUAUCCGACUUAUUCACGUUAGGUGCUUUGUUCUUUGUACACUUCUCUCUCUUUUUUCGCCAAUUGGAGUCCCCACUUUCCUAACGACGAGGAUCUUUCACACAAGGCGGUCACGUUUUUUAAGUAGGAAAAAAAAUAUGUAUGAGCGGAGGCUGGGCUGGGAUUGAUUUGGUGCGGGCAAGGUCGGACAAGAAAGGGAAGGGAAAGAAGCAAGAAGCUAUGGCCACCCAUGCGGAUCUACUAGGUACUAUCUAGCAUUCAUUCCCCCAUCCGAAAGACUCCUCUCUUCUUGUUCCUAGUCCGCCACACCGCCCUUUCGAUCUUAGAAGGUUCCACGAUUAGCUGUUUCAAACUGGGGGCCCUCACAGCGAGAUUCUAAAACUUAUUGCUUGCUUCUAUAGUAAUGAUUCAAUAUUCUUAAUUGAAACUAGUAUACAAGUUUAUCUAUACUCCAAUUGAUCUCUCUUGUCCCAAUUCCCUAUCAAACAACAACUGAAAUACAACCCCCUGCAUAGAUAUAUGCAAGAUGGGAAUUUAGAAGAUGCCCCUCCUUUGAGGACUGGACAAGGAUGAAUGUCAUUGUUAUUGAGCAGCUAACUAGGAUUAUCGGAGGUGGGGUUCUCUCUUUGAAAACUAAUCCGG